UCGGAGAUUCACUCGCUCGUUGCGGCCGGUCUGUUUCUCGCACCGGUGUUGGUUGUUAUACAGUGUACCCAAUGUGGUGACGUUUAUUGGAGGAAUUUGCACCGAGUGAGUGUUCAGCGUAGUGUUAUCAAUCGUAAUCGUUGUCGAGAUCCUCUGUUCUCCCUGGAGCUCUUCAACACUGAGAGAAUGUCUUCACCGGGCUGUCGUCAACGUCUCGACUUCAGCGAUGAGCCUGUCGAAGAACUCAAUACCUCGUCUGACUCUGGUUCAGAGCCUGGAAUAGUUCCGCGGACCCCGUGGGUAGGCGGUAAGCAGAAGCAAAUCGGCAGAGUGACCCCGAUUCAGCGUACCCCGGCUACACCUACCCUUGUGAAUUCCCCCCCGUACCAAGGUAUUCGUACCUUGCGACUUAUGGGAUCUCCACAAACGCCAAAAACUUUAUUCGAACGGAGUCAACAGCCGAAGACCGAACCACGGAUUCGAGCGCGGCUCUUCCCGGAUAGGGAUGGUUCACAGUCGCCAAGAGCGCGACGUUCGAAUUGCGGAAUCGGCUCCGGAGGUCCUCUGUUCGGCGACCUAUCUGCGAAAAGGCCGUCGAGAACGCCGCUGGUUGAAAGGAAACAGGUCAACGUGAAUCCAUUCACACCGAAGGGAUUGCUCGAGUGUCAAAGGAAGCGACCCAGAGAAGAUACGAGUAACAAUAAUAAUUACGAGCUCGGCUGCAACUUUUCCAUCUGUGGUAUCGAGGAACUCGAUCGUCAAGCCAAAGUCCAGCGAAUGUAUCUCUCCCCGAACGAUGAGGCGUACUCGAGAUAUGAACAAGAAUUCCUCGAACUCGAACAAAUCGGCAGUGGCGAGUUCGGCGCGGUUUUCAAGUGUAUCCACCGAUUGGAUGGCUGUGUUUACGCGAUAAAAAAGCUCAAGAAGCCGAUGCAGGGGAGUGCGGCGGAAAAAGCCUCACUCACCGAAGUUUGGGCUCACGCGGUGCUCGGAGCGAACACUCAUGUCGUUCGAUACUAUUCAGCGUGGGCAGAGCUCAAUCACAUGAUUAUUCAAAACGAGUUCUGUAACGGAGGCAGCUUACAGGAGGUGAGCCGUCAAAGAACCGGCAUUCCGAUGAGCGAAGCUCAAUUGAGAAGAUUGGGACUGCACGUAGCUAAUGGGCUUAAGUUCAUCCAUAAUCAAAACCUGGUUCAUAUGGAUAUCAAGCCCGGGAAUAUUUUCAUAUCAAAAAAGGAAGCUUGUUCAGAAGACGACGGUUUCGAAGAUGACGAUGCCGGGGAAAACAUCACGUACAAAAUUGGAGAUCUAGGUCUAGUCACUUCAAUUCUGCACCCUGAAGUCGAGGAAGGCGAUUGUCGGUACAUGGCCCCGGAAUUGUUGAGAGAUGACUACUCGAACCUUCAGAAGGCCGAUAUCUUCAGCUUGGGUCUCACACUGUAUGAACUGGGCCACGGUAUCACGCUACCUAAGAACGGAGACGACUGGCAGAAGCUUCGUCGUGGCGAACUUGAUCCCAUACCGAAAUUCAGUGAUGAAUUCAACAAUAUCCUGCGAAAAAUGUGCCAUCCCGAUCCCAGUCUGCGGCCGUCCGCUCAUCAACUAGUUUGCAAUCCAGAUUUCGUGCCAUCCACCGAAAAAUCCAAUGCACAGUUAAGGAUGGAGCUUAACGCCGAAAAGUACAAAUCACAGAUGUUGGAAAAGAAGCUCCGGCAAGUUGCUAGACGGCUCGAGAAGUGUACUGAUUUCAGGUUGAAUUUCGAUUUCCUGAAAAAUCCGCCAAAGUUUGUUGCAAAUAGAUUGCCGCAGGAUGAGUGGCGAGCGAAUUGUUGAUACCGCUUUUGGGUGGCGGUGAUUUGCGCCGCCGUUGUUCGUUUCAUUGUUCGUCGCCACUCUCUCCAUUUGUACUUACCCCAACAAUAAAUAUCGAGAAUGGAUAAUCAAAUGAUACUUGUUCAAUAUACUACCGGUCAUGAAUGUAAAUACGAACACUGAUAUUUGCGGAAAGGUCAUUCGGAAUAUAGGUAAUUGAUUUCCGUGUUUACACGACGCGAGAUAGACGUCUCGUUGUCGACUGCAGUACAACUUUUAAAAUGUUAGCGUUGCCAGAACUCUGGCCAAAAUAUUUUCAGAUGGUAAAUGUACCUAUUCUCAAAGAAAACUAGGGCAAACUUAGUGAGGAAAAGCCAAGACGGUCGCUUAAAGCGUGGUAUUGGACAAUCCCUUGUCGAAUAAUAUUCCGUUGAGAGAUAUAUCUUGCGCGUUGUGCUAGUCUCCGAUGGAAAUUGUGGGUUGAUGUUCGAGGCGUGAGUGAACAGAUCAAUCAACAAUCAAUCUGUCGAAGAGGAAUCUUCUACAGAAUGUUCACUCAUUUUUAAUUGUACGCGGCUCGUUCUGCUCAGUGGGAGC